AUGGCUUCAGGAUCUGCUGCAGUGGAUGCCCAGAACCAGGGCCCAACCAUUCUAGCAUCAUGUUGGGUCUUGGUUACUCUUCCCACCAUCAUGGUUGGACUGCGGAUUUGGUGCAAAGUUGGUCUUAGCGGCCGAGGAUUCGGAUUAGAUGAUGCGAUCAUCUGUUUUGCAUUGAAGAGACGAGAGACUCAGUAG